AUGAGUCGCUCAUUUGCGCAGAUGCGCAGCCCGGGCCCGAUCCGGCGCCAGUCGCGAGUUUUGUCGGCGCCGCGGCCGCAUAAAACCCCCUGGCUCAUCUUCACACCCCAAGCCCGUUCACCAGACCAGCACAGCCAAUUCCACACGGACACGCCCCGUCAUCCCAUCAGAGCACGCGCUGUGAGAAACACGCCCACUUCUUCGCUCCUCAGCCCCGCACAUCGCCAGCACAGCAGCACCAUGGGAAGCGUAUUCACGCCCCCCAAAGACGCCGCGGGGUUUCAGAUCCGCAAGGCCGCCGCGGCAGACAACGAGGCGCUCGCCGCCCUCGGCGCCGAGGUCUUCCGGGCCACGUUCGCGCACUCGUGCACAGAGGAGCAGCUGCAGGCGUUCCUGGACGAGGCGUACACGCCAGAGGCGAUCGCAAAGGACAUCGCGGACAGCUCCAAGGACGUGCUUGUCGCCACGGAGGAGGCCGGCCAGGACGAUGGCUCAUCAUCAUCAGCGGGCGGGAAGCUCCUCGGCUUCGCCUACCUGACCCGCGGCAGCCACGAGCCCUGCGUGGCGCACCUCGAGCGGCCCGUCGAGCUCCAGCGGCUGUACAUCGGGCUGAGCUCGCACGGCAAGGGCCUGGGCAAGGCGCUGUCGCUGGCCGCGGACGAGCUGGCGCGCCAGCAGGGCUUCAAGCAUAUCUGGCUCGGCGUGUGGGAGGAGAACCACAAGGCGCAGGCUUUCUACCGCAAGAUGGGGUACGAGCACAUUGGAGAGCAUGUGUUUGAUGUCGGAGGGGACCUGCAGACUGAUGAGAUUUGGUGGAAGAAGCUCUGA